AUGUACCUCCACGUGAUGAAGGUUGCCUGCACUCCCGACGAGCGACAUUGCGAGAAUAGCGUGAACCCGUCCUCCUCGAGCACCUUGCCGUCAGCGACGACCUCGUCGUCUUGCCCUGUCGAGCAUGGUGUGCCAGAUGAGGAAAGCCGCUUCACACGACUGUACGAGGCUGCUGUGGAGAACGAGUCUGCACUGCGAGUGGGGAACUACACACGGCGACUCCUUUUCGAUGAGUUCUGCGCCACCAGCGAUGCGACUCGACAGGCUUCGCAACCAACGUGUCGCAUGCUGCGACAGCGACACCCAGCUCUGCGUUCGUUGUCGCUAAGCGUCGAAGGCAUGCAUUCUGCCGGGGCCGAUCGUACUUCGGCCACUCAGCUCCCCGCAGACUCGACAAUGUCAGCGGCAGAGAGCCUACAGGCCUAUCUCAGCCCGGCGCUCUCCGCGUGGCGGUGUGCGUCACAGGAGCCGUUCGCCUCCAGCGCGCAGGUAGCAGCAGCGGCACCCCUGCCCACCAGCGCCGUGGCGAGCGACGUGAGACCACGAUCCCCGCUUCCCCUGCACAUAGAUGAGAGCGACGCACCAGUGGAUGAGGGUGCGCAUGGUGAAGGGCUGGAGGCUCUGUACAUGGACGUGUUCGACCAGGAAGGGCCAGCGAAUAAUCACGAGGUCGCUGUGAACGCCGCGUACACCAGAGAAAGGGAGGCUGCGGACAGGGCUGCACUUCUCAGUGCGCAGCAGGCCACCAUGGCAGGAUGCCCCUGCGGUUUCACAGCGCGUGGCAGUACUCCGUCGGCAGAUGUGUCACUGAGCAACGCGUCUUCGUUGCUGCCAGAGGAAGAUGACAUCAGUCUUGUGCUGCAGCCUGUCCUCGGCGGUGUUGCACAGAGGCGAGGUCGCGGCAUUCGGGUGCACCUGGAGUCGGAGCCGUCGGUGACAACGAGCUCCUCCAUGGUCGAUGCGUCAUUUCUGCAAGCUGGAAGGGAGACGACAACACUCACGUGUGCCGUGUGCGAGCUGAGCGGCGUCGUCGGGGACCCGCACCGCACGUGUAUUGACGCGGUGGAACUGCAGGAAGAAGACGAACUGCACCCCUGUGGCACAUGCGGCGCACUGGUGCACAGCUACUGCGCCUGCCCAGGUACCACUGCUGACACCCACUACUGCUGCAACCCCUGCUGCCCGGGCGGUGGCACGGUGUGA